AUGGUUCGCGCAGCUCGAGGGACAAUUUGCUCUCGCGAAUGUUCGACACACGCUACGAAAUUCUAUCAUGUAAUUUCGGUAUUGGAACCCAAAUAUGCCGCUAAAGUUGAAGAUAUCAUUAUCAAACCACCGUCUACCGAAAAAUAUGAGAAAUUGAAGGCUGAACUCAUUUCCCGUUUAUCCAGCACAAGGGCGGAGCGUUGGAAACAGCUCAUUUUUAAGGAGGAAUUGGGAGAUAGGAAGCCAAGCCAAUUUUUGCGCCAUAUUCGCAGCUUGGCUGGACCGGAAUGUCCUGAUGAGUUCUUACGUAAUUUGUGGACGACCCGGUUGCCGAAUUUAUUGCAAAGCAUUAUAGCCAUGCAAGAUAAUUUAUCUUUGGAUGCGGUCGCACAGAUGGCGGAUAAAGUACAUGAAGUUACACCAAAUGUACCUACUUCCCAUGUAGCUGCUGCAUCAACUUCACAGCCGCCGCUAUCUUCAAUCGAUGAGUUGCAUUCGAAAAUUGACGCAUUGACACAGAGGCUUGACGCGAUGUCUACUUCCCGGGGUCAUAAGGAUGGGCCAAG